AAACGGUCAUUCGUAGCCGAUGAUGUUUUUGUUGGACUUCUAGUGUUUAUCAUACGGCCGGAUUACGUAACGCUGUGUUUACCGAAGACGCAUCAAAGACGGACUCCGGCGAUUCCCGGCUCGGCUUUCCUGCCGUGAAACAAUGUAGAAAUGGCCUUACUGCUCCAGGCAUGUGGUGGCCGACGGUGCAGCAGCUGGAUCUGAGGAAUUGCCGCGUCGUGUUGCAUUUCCCAACCGGAUGGACAGCAGUAGUAUUAGGAAACCGAAUGCAUUGAAGUGCAGGCGAAACUCUCCCUUUUCUAUACACGGGAGGUCUCUGAAAGUUAAGCCAUGUACAUGCAGUGUGGUGGUACUUUUGUAACAGUGUUAAUAUUGCAUUGAAGUGAAAGAUGGCGCUAAUCGUCGAAACUUAAACAAAAUAGCUUUCCUGGGCGCGCCGUAAGCAUGUAGGCUACGGGUCGCGGAAACCUUUACCGUAUUUGACAGGUCAGCGCAAGCCAAGUGGUUCGACAGAAAAGAAGAAACACACAUGCGAUAGGGGUUCAUUUCCAGUCAAAGGCCGGGCCGGGAGAAAGAGCAUUUGUAUGUGAUUGGGACCCGCUGGAUUUUUGAGACACUUUUCCAAAAAUAAGGCUUGAAUGGAGAGACACACACCUACGUCUGUUUUCCACCUGAGGUCCCAGGACAGUCCUCUUAAAGACAAUCUGCACCCCAAACCUCUAACAUUACAUUUCAUCCCCUAAUAACUUAUUUCAGAGGAAGGUGUUUCCAUGUCUGGCUGUCUGCAGUGAGGGGCUCCCUACUGAGUGAAAUUGAAACCCAAGGCUGGGGAGAGAUUAGAGAGGCGUGUACGCAGGCACCCAUGGCUCAGGGGGGGAGGGGGGCCGGAGCUGCCCCCCCCGACGGAGGUUGGGGCUGGAUGAUCGUGGCUGGCUGCUUCGUCGUCACCGUCUGCACCCGGGCCGUCACUAGAUGUAUCUCCAUCUUUUUUGUGGAGUUUCAGAUGCACUUUGGUCAUGACUAUGCAGGCACUGCAUGGAUUCAUUCGCUGGUGGACUGCACCACUAUGCUCUGUGCUCCGCUUGGCAGCUUCAUUGGGAACCGACUGUCCUUCCGCAUCACGGUGAUCCUGGGAGGCUUCUUGGCUUCCACCGGGCUGGUCAUGAGCUCCUUUGCCACCAGCCUUGAGUACCUUUACCUCUCCCUUGGCAUCCUGACAGGUGUUGGGUUUGCCCUUUGUUACACGCCGGCCAUCGCUAUGGUUGGCGUCUAUUUCCACGAGAGGAAGGCGUUGGCGUACGGGAUCGCCAUGUCCGGCAGCGGGAUCGGGACCUUCAUCCUGGCUCCAGCAGUGCAGCUCCUGAUAGAGCACUUCUCUUGGCGUGGGGCGCUCCUCAUCGCUGGGGGGUUUGUCUCCAACCUGUGCGUCUGCGGGGCAUUGCUGAGACCUCUCGCCUCCGCGGGGGGGGCCGAGAACGGGUCCGUGGCGGCGGAGUCCGAGGCAAGGGACAGGGCGGUGACUGCGAGAUGCUGCGAUGACCAAGAGCACCGUCGUUGCUGCUUCCGGCCCAUGCAGGAGUACCGGUUCCUGCUCAUGCCCAGUUUUGUGGUGCUGGCCACGUCUUUCCUGCUCCUUGCCAGUGGCUGCAGCCUGCCCUUCGUCUAUCUGGUGCCUUAUGCCCUCGAUGUAGGUGUCGGCCACCAGCAGGCUGCCCUACUGAUGUCCAUCCUGGGGGUCAUCGACAUUGUGGGCAAUGUCACCUUCGGCUGGCUUACUGACAGAAGGUGCCUGAGGAAGCACCGCGGUGUUUGCUACAUGCUAGCUGUCGGCUUGGAGGGCUUAUGUUGCCUCUUUGCCCCCCUGCUGCGGAGCUUCCAGCUGCUAGUGCCCUUUGCGGUGCUCUACGGUUACUUCGAUGGGGCUUACGUGGCCCUCAUUCCUGUGGUGACGUCUGAUGCCGUGGGCACGGCCCACCUCUCCUCUGCCUUGGGAGUCGUGUACUUCCUCCACGCCGUGCCGUACCUGGUCAGCCCGCCCAUCGGAGGUUGGCUCGUCGACCGAACCGGCUCUUACACGGCCACCUUCUUCCUCAGCGGCUUCGCGCUCAUCUCCAGCUCCCUGCUGCUCGGCGUGGCUGCCUUGGUCCACAGCUGCCGGGAACGCCGGAAGCACAGUGUCCACACCAACCCCAAGCUGCACAGCUUGGUCAACAGCCAUUGAUAGUUAGGACUUCCCAAGGUGGAACCGAAGCUCGCUCCUCUCCCUGGUGGUUGUAUACUGCAGUCUUUGUGUGACACCAAAAGCCUACUGUAUCUGUACAAUAAAAAUACGAAAGACAUUGUGGACCACUCCUAAUGUGUCUUCUGGCCUGCUUUUGUUGGUGGCUUCAAAGAUUCUGCUUUUCCAACCUCUGGAGAACUCUUUCAGUCAUUUGGAUGACUUUGUGACAUUCCCUCGCGUUAUCUCGAGAACAAUAUUCAAACAUGGCUUUCUCUUUGGGAGAAAUUCAUUAGGGUAUUGCGUCUCUCCACGGCAGGUUCCUCACCCAUCCGUCUAGGUCAAAGUUUUCCAGCAGAUGGCAGUAUUUGAGUAGUUUUGUUGAACAUAUACCAGCAUAUAUUAGCAAAAUGAAUUAUGAGGUAUAUGUUUAUUUUGUAGAGACUUGUGGACAAAUAGUGCUAAUCUGUAUUUCAUAUCUGGCUUUUUUUAAACAAAAAUGGGUUCAUAGUAAUAUUUUCUUGCUUACAGGUGUUUGCAGUUGCACUAAAACAUUGUGGCUACUGUAAAUAGAAGUCAAAUCUAAUAAAACAGACACUGUUGUCCAUUUUAUUUUAUGUUUUUUUGUCCAUGUGCUGAA